AUAACAUAAAAAGCAAACAAAAAAGAUGGAAAAUUAAGGAUAAUAACUUUUCAGUUCCCAAUUGGGAAAAUGAGAUUAAUAACACCAAUGAUUUACAACAAUUACACGAAUUAGGAAUUAAGUUGAGAAAGGAAACCAAAAGAGAAGAAAUUGGUAGUAAGAGUUGGAUUAAAUUAGCAAUGAUUAUGAUGGAGGAAUUAGACCAGCAAAGCAAUAAUAGCCAAGCUCUAAAAUCUGCUCUUGAUUUACAUUCUAAAUCCGUUCAAGAUGAUAAGGAUAUUACUGACUUACAAAAGAAAGUUAACGAUUUGACCAAUGAUAAGGACAAUUUAGAUAAAGAAUUAAAACAGAAACAACAGCAAAUCCUAAAUCACAAGUGCGAUACUCCCAAUAGUGAGGAAUUGAACCAAUUGAAAGAUGAUUUAAAAAAAGCCAAUGAGGAAAAGGAAGAAUUAGAAAGAAAGUUGAACGAACCAAUCCCCUCCCAAGAAAAAGAGGAGGACACCAAAGAUUUAAGUAUUGAGGAAUUACGGACCAAACUAAACGAAAAGAAUAUAGUAAUUGGGAAACUUCAAGCCCGGUUGGAUAAGAUGGAGAAAAAUGGACCUGAUAUUUUGUCGGAGAAUAAAAAUAAUCCUGUGUUAGAACAAUUAACGGCAAACGAGAUAAAAAAACUCCAAAGCGAGUAUGAAAAGAAUAAUAAGUUUUUCAAAAAAAUGAGAAUUGGCGAAGUUGAAGAAUUAAUAAGCAAAAAAAAUUACGGCGAGAUAAGCAAAGAAGUUAAGGAAGCAAUU